CCUGGCAACUGGGUGGCAUUGAGGAGACUGGGGGUUUCUGGAGCCUGUUCUUGGCGGUGGCCUUCACCAUGGGCAACAAGCAAACAGUCUUCACCCAUGAGCAGUUGGAAGAAUAUCAGGACUGCACCUUCUUCACAAGGAAGGAAAUCAUGAGGCUCUUCUAUCGCUACCAGGACCUGGCCCCCCAGCUCGUCCCCCUCGACUACACCAGCUGCCCUGACGUGAAGGUGCCGUACGAGCUCAUCGGCACCAUGCCUGAGCUGAAGGACAACCCGUUCCGCCUGAGAAUUGCCCAGGUCUUCUCCGAGGAUGGGGACGGCCACAUGACCUUGAACAACUUCCUGGACAUGUUUUCUGUGAUGAGUGAAAUGGCUCCCCGUGACCUCAAGGCCUACUAUGCUUUCAAAAUCUAUGACUUCAACAACGAUGACUACAUCUGUAUGUGGGACCUGGAGCAGACGGUGACCAAGCUGACGCGGGGCGAGCUGAGCGCCGAGGAGGUGAGCCUGGUGUGCGAGAAGGUGCUGGAUGAGGCCGAUGGGGACCACGAUGGGCGGCUGUCCCUGGAAGACUUCCAAAACAUGAUCCUGCGGGCGCCCGACUUCCUCAGCACCUUCCACAUCCGCAUCUGAGGACCACGGAGGAGGAGCCGGGCCAGAGGAGGGCAGGGUGACCCUCAUCCCACUGUAGAAUCUGGGCUCUGAGAAUAAACACAUCACUGAGUCACA